GGCUGCAGUUGCACCGGCACCGCCCCCGGUAUAAUACAGACAGGGGACCGACAGUCGCAGCUGUCGCUGCUGCAGAGAGAAGAGCAGAGUGAAGGGAUCCCAUUGCGCACCCCGGCUCUUCAGUUUCUUUGCAAACAUGUUGCUCCCUGUUCUUAGUAAAGACACCGUGCGGAUGAAGGACCCGGAGGGGGUGCAGGAGAAGAUCCGACUGAUGCACAAAGGAGGGCAACAGAAGCUGCAGGUCAUUUCAGAUUUUGACAUGACGCUGAGCCGCUUCAGCUUUAAUGGAGAGAGAUGCCCUACCUGCUACAAUAUUAUUGACAACAGCAAUAUUAUAAGUGAUGAAUGCAGGAAGAAGCUAAAGGGUCUGUUUAACACCUAUUACCCACAUGAAAUGGACCCAAAAAAGUCAGUUGAGGAGAAAUAUCCACUUAUGGUGGAAUGGUGGAGCAGAGCACAUGAUCUCCUAUAUGAACAGAGGAUCCAGAAGGACAGGCUGGCUCAGGUGGUGAAGGAGUCAAAUGCCAUGCUGAGGAAUGGAUAUGAUCUAUUUUUUAACAGCCUUUACCAAAGCGAGAUUCCUCUGUUCAUUUUCUCAGCUGGGAUUGGGGAUGUGUUGGAGGAGAUUAUCAGGCAGAAGGGUGUCUUUCACCCCAACACCAAGGUUGUCUCCAACUAUAUGGACUUUGAUGAUAAUGGUAUUAUGAAGGGCUUUAAGGGUGAACUCAUUCAUACCUACAACAAAAACAGCUCCGUUCUGACGGACACCGAGUACUUCAAGGAGAUCGGCCACCGCACUAACAUCGUCCUGCUCGGGGAUACGCUGGGCGACCUCACCAUGGCUGAUGGGGUCACCACUGUGGAGAAUAUCAUAAAGAUCGGCUUCCUUAAUGACAAGGUUGAUGAGCUGACGGAGCAGUUCCUACAGUCCUAUGACAUUGUGCUGGUGAGAGACGAGACCCUGGAUGUGGUGAAUGGCCUCCUCCAGUAUGUGACUGCCAAGAACUGAUGCCUCUGCCGGCUCCCAACUACAAAUAAUGCCUGGUUAUUGGGAUGUUGGAAGAGCCAAUCACGUGCCAGGGAGACAGGACGUACAUCUCUAGCUCUCAGUAGUCUUUAACAUUAUGUAAGUGGGCAUGUUCCCCUGGGAAGGUAGCCGGCAUUGGCCAAAUGUUCCGCCAAUCCAGAGAGAGGAUCUGUUGUUAAACUGAUACUGACGUAUUUAGAUUCCCUCACAAGGGUGUUAUGAUCCCCACAGUUGUCCCAAGAUGGCUGAACCCAACACAAGUGCCCAGUGUCACCAUCAUGCCAUUAAACACCAUUGCCUACGCCAUAAUUCCACUUGCUGUAGACUGUAGUGCACCCUUAAUAAUUCCUCGGCACAAAUAGAUUUUAUUAUUUUUUUUCCUCUAUAGUUUAGUGGAAUAUUUUUCAUAAUAGUAACGGUUCCCCUUUAAUGGCAGUGUCAUCAUGUAGCAAUUUUCCUUUCACUGUAUUGGGCAACAGCUGCCAGGAGGGAAUGGGUGCUCCCCCCCCCCCCCCCUGCCGCAGUGGUACAGCCCAAGUGCCAUAUAAAGCUUAUAGCUGUAAUAUUAUUACAUUACAAUUACUGGAUUUCAUACUGUUUCCUUUUCAUUUCAAAUGUAUAGCUCGUUUUAAUAUUACAUUCUGGAUCAUUGCA